CUGUGCGCGCCCCACGGAAUGUUCUGGAGGGGAAGAGGGAGCAGUCGGGGUCGGAUUGGGGGGCGGCAGAGGGAUCCCGGUUGGCCGCAGGUUCUGCUGUGCCCGGGGCUCCCCGGCCAGGGGCCCGGCUGGGAAAGUGGCCUCGAAGUCAGGCCACGAGCUCACGCCGACCUCUCUCCUGCAUCCCUUGUGUCUUUGCGUCCUGAUGCGACCCAGGAGGCCAACAGCGAAAAGACCAACAACGGGAUUCACUACCGGCUGCAGCUCCUCUACAGCAUUGGGAUAAGGACCGAACAGGACUUCUACGUGCGCCUCAUUGACUCCAUGACAAAACAAGCCAUAGUGUAUGAAGGCCAAGACAAGAACCCAGAAAUGUGCCGAGUCUUGCUUACACACGAGAUCAUGUGCAGCCGCUGUUGUGACAAGAAAAGCUGUGGCAACCGAAAUGAGACUCCCUCAGAUCCAGUGAUAAUUGACAGGUUCUUCUUGAAAUUUUUCCUCAAAUGUAACCAAAAUUGCCUAAAGAAUGCCGGAAACCCACGUGAUAUGCGGAGAUUCCAGGUCGUGGUGUCUACGACAGUCAAUGUGGAUGGCCAUGUCCUGGCAGUCUCUGAUAACAUGUUUGUCCACAAUAACUCCAAGCAUGGGCGGAGGGCUCGGAGGCUUGACCCCUCGGAAGCAGCUACUCCCUGUAUCAAAGCCAUCAGCCCGAGUGAAGGAUGGACGACGGGAGGCGCGACUGUGAUCAUCAUAGGGGACAAUUUCUUUGAUGGGUUACAGGUCAUAUUCGGUACCAUGCUGGUCUGGAGUGAGUUGAUCACUCCCCAUGCCAUCCGCGUGCAGACCCCUCCUCGGCACAUCCCCGGCGUUGUAGAAGUCACACUGUCCUACAAAUCCAAACAAUUCUGCAAAGGGACUCCGGGAAGGUUCAUUUACACAGCGCUCAACGAACCCACCAUCGAUUAUGGUUUCCAGAGGUUACAGAAGGUCAUUCCCCGGCACCCUGGAGACCCUGAGCGUUUGCCAAAGGAAGUCAUACUCAAGAGGGCUGCGGACCUGGUGGAAGCGCUGUAUGGGAUGCCACACAACAACCAGGAGAUUAUUCUGAAGAGAGCGGCUGACAUCGCAGAGGCCCUAUACAGUGUCCCCCGCAACCACAGUCAGCUCCCAGCUCUCACUAACACUUCCGUCCACGCGGGCAUGAUGGGCGUCAAUUCCUUCAGUGGACAACUGGCCGUGAAUGUCUCCGAGGCCUCGCAGGCCACCAAUCAGGGUUUCACCCGCAACUCAAGCAGCGUCUCACCACACGGAUACGUGCCGAGCACCACCCCCCAGCAGACCAACUAUAACUCCGUCACCACGAGCAUGAAUGGAUACGGCACAGCCGCCAUGUCCAAUUUGGGUGGCUCCCCGACCUUCCUCAACGGCUCGGCUGCCAACUCGCCCUAUGCCAUCGUGCCAUCCAGCCCCACCAUGGCCUCUUCCACAAGCCUCCCCUCCAACUGCAGCAGCUCCUCCGGCAUCUUCUCCUUCUCACCAGCCAACAUGGUCUCAGCCGUGAAACAGAAGAGUGCUUUCGCACCAGUCGUCAGACCCCAGACCUCCCCGCCUCCCACCUGCACCAGCACCAAUGGGAACAGCCUGCAAGCGAUAUCUGGCAUGAUUGUUCCUCCCAUGUGAAAGAAUUGCCUUGAAGAAUUUUAUUAAUGAAGAGGUUGGAUUCUGCUACAGAGAGUAAUCUGAUACAAGUCCCAGAGUGGAACUUUUAACUCAGGCCUUUUUCAGAGGAGUCACAAUAACUGCAGAUUUUUAAACAAACAAUAUCACCGACCUUGCAAAUACUGAAGUUGGAAGGGAUCUGUGAGUGCAGGGUGUUGGUUCAAGUUGUACCUCCCAGAUGUUUGGGGGAUAUAUUUAUUCUGUGUUGAUAAAAGCAAAUCCUCUUUUUCUUUUCUUUCUUUCUUUUUUUUUUAAGCUUAACUCUGCGGUCAUUUGUCUUUUAUAAACCGUAAAGCUGUAUACAAGGGACACUAUAAAUAAGACCCCAUGUUUUAAUUUAUGAUGUUUUUAAAGCCGUGUAAAGGGAGAAUGAAGUGGUGAUAUUUACAAAAAAAAGUUAAAAAAAGAAAAAAAGAAAAAAGAAAAUUAAAAAAAAGCUUGUAUGGGACAGAAUAGGAAUGCCAGUUAGAUUUUUUAGAAAACUAAGAGUCGGCUUUUGCGCCUUAAAGCAUAUCAAAUGGUAGUUAGCUCAGACAGUGCAUUUUCAGUAUCUAACUUAACAUGCCACCCCUUAGCAGUGCAAGCUUAUUUCUCUCUUUCCGUAUCGUUGUCUUAAGUAACUGUGUAAAUAAAUGCAGCCUGGAGUCAAAAAGUGACCGUCACGUGAUCACACGUUUCCCUUCAACACAAAAAUCCAGUGCCUCUAGACAGAUUGUUAAAAAAAAACUGCAGAUUUAAACCUGAGAUCAUUCUCGCUUUUAAUUAUGUCAACUUCUUCGGGAGCCGAUGGCCUCUUGAGAGCUUGGUGGCACACGGACUGUGUGAGAACCUCCUUCGAAUCUUUAUGGAACAGGGUCCAGGCACAGAAUUCCACAUUAUGCCUCCAGUUAUCAAGCCAAAAUAUCCUCUUACACCCCCGCCAUUUACAAGGUAAAAGUUUACUCAUCCUAAAGGGGACUUCCCACCAGGCCUCCCAAAGCUGACAAGGGCAAGAUGGCAGGCAUUUCCCAUGACAGGGCCUCUCUCAGUGGCCCUACCCACUGGUAACAUAGUAGAUUAAAAGGAUAGGUAAGUGCUUUGAAAUUAAGAGGAAGAGGAAUCUAGGAGAAAGGAGAAGUAGGUUGAGACCUCCCAAACAUCGCUUUCUGUUCUCCGGCAAUUUUUUGCUCUCAUUAUCUGGGAAGUGUUCUUAAAAAUAAGAAUUGAUAGCAAAGAUGCAGCGAAGCUAUGAGGAUGCAUUUGCCUGAUACUUUUUUUUUUCUUUGCGGUUGUGUUUUUGUAUGUAGUUAUAAAUACUGUAGAUUUUUUUGUGAUUUUUUGCCAAAGUUGUUGUUCUAUUUAUACAUUUUAAUGUCUUAAGACAGUUUUUCAAUAUCACAAAAAGAUUUUACCGCAUAUUUUGCAAAGGAAAAAGAAGCUCACUACCUUUAGCUUGCACAUACUUGCGAAGUUAAUGAAGAGGCUUUCUGUUUCAAAGGGGAUUUUGUAAAAUAUCCAUAUAAAUAAUGUAUUUAUCUUUGGAAUUUGUACAUUGCUUUCCCCUUCUUCCUUUUCCUCCCACCCCCAACUUAUUUUAUUGUGUAUGUUUGCUAUGUGAAAAAGUGCGUAUUUGUUUGGUCACCUACAGUUGUAUUAGCUGUUCCAAUGUGAUUUUUAAACAUUUCAUUUAUAGUUAUUUUUAGUAUUGUUUUAAACCAUGCUUCAAUUUUUUUAAAUUUCCACCCCAAAGCCAUUGUCUAUUUUUGUAUUAUUUGUAAGUUAAGAAGUUUUUUCCAAUAUAUGGCAAAAAAAGGUAGCAUAUUAUUCUUGUAGCAUUUAGUUCUGUAGAUUUAAAAAAAAUGUAUCCUUUGCUUUGGAAGCUUACAAAAACACACACCCCUAAUGCUGUUUUACUCUAUUAAUAUGCAUGGAACCUCUCCCUCUGGAGUGACGCAUUUUGUGCAUUAAAUUCGGGGGAGAAACUUCAUAGAAAUCAAUGAACAUUCUUUCUUAAGUCUGCUUGUAUAUUUCCUCUGUCUUUCACAUAAAUAUAAACCAGCAGAUUGGAUGCCUUAACAAUGCAAAUCAUAUCCAUUUCACUUGUACAUUGUAAGUGUGCACCAGAACUGUCAGUCAUCACUAACAUUAUAAGAAAAAAGAAAAAGAAAAAAAAAAGACAAAGAAAUCGAAAAGCACAAAAGAACUGUUUUGUUACCUUAAGACAAUGUAACUUUUUCUAGUAGAGCAAGAAAUUUACAACAAUGCUGCAACUGUGCAUGCCCCCAUAUGGAUUUUGCAAUGGUUUUCACUAGACUAUCAGAGUGCGAUUUUUAUGGGUUGGGGUGGGUGAGGGAGGGGAGUUGCGGGAGGGAAGGGAGGAGGGGAGGAAAGCUGAUUUUUCAUGGUGAGAAAUAAUAAUGAUGAUUAAUAAUAAUAAUAAAAAAACUGGAAAAUGUAAGCAAGGUGGACGCAUUGCUUCUCGGUACUCGGAAAGGCUGUCUGAAUUUGUAUGGUAAGCGCUGGCCUGAAGAAGUGUACAAUUUAAAGCCAUAUUUUGUCUGGUGAGCCCCUUAACUGUUUGUGAAGGGUCAGUCGGCCGGUGAGGUGUCCGGCUCAGACCCCGACAACAAACGCCACCCAUCUGUCAGCCAUGUGUAGUGGUUAGAACUUCUCUUGAAAGUCCAAAGAGCCUUUAAAAUAUGUUUGAUUUGUGUCUUGUUGCCUCUAUUUAUAUUGAUUAGAUGAAAAGACGUGCUGGCCCUCUGACCCUCUUUCUCCUACACAAAACUUUUACAAAUAAACGAUGUUCCCCUAAAUACAGAAUAUGGCUUUAAGAAGAUGAAAUAGAGAACUAAGAUUUCAGUUUUGGGGGAAAAAUACAGCUUCUGGAUGACUGGAUUGCAUAACAUGCCCUGGCCUCACAUUGUACUAGAAUGCAGCUUAACGAAGUCAUCUCUAAAUCUACUAACCUUUCACCUUCUUAUCAAACUUUUUGAAUAGACACACACUGUACAGUUCAAUUGUUAGCGAACCUAACUACUGUAGAGAUUGUUAUAAUUUUUUUUUUUUUUGCAAAAAUUCAAGCUGUAAAAACUUUUCAACUUUCACAAUAUUUAAUUAAAGUUACUUCCUGUCUGUGAUGGCAGCUCCUA